AUGACCGAGGAAAAAAGCGGGGAGACAUUCCUAGGGCAACUACUGGAUGAAGUCAAUCAAACGAAUGAUAAUUCUGACGAAUUAAACGAAAUCGGUGAAAAUCUCAACAUGGAAGGAGUGUUGAGCGUAUUGAGUCAAGCUAACGACAGCCCUCUAUCCGGCUUUGGCACAGAUCGCUUCAAACGGCAGCGACGUGGAAAUCGAAUGAAGGUUUACGACAAUGGAUACAUCUUCACGUACGAUAAGGACUCGUCGUGCGGACAACGAAGUUUUUGGCGAUGCGAGCGUAAAAAUGAAUGUCCGGCUCGGGUUCACACUAAUCCGUUCACUAAUCAGAUUAUAAAACGUAUUCAUGGACAUUCUCACGAACCACCGAACACAGAUGACCUUCCUCCGUGGGCACUUGUGAAGAACGAAGAGUCCAACACUCCGCCUCCGGGAGUUUGCUCGCACACGGCUUCGGUUUCACCUCCUGACACUCGUGUGCUAUUUCCUAGUCCUGUAACGCUAACGCCCAGUGCACCAGCUCGUCUAAAUCCGAGUCAGCCGACUGAGCAGGUGGCCGAAGAGAAGCCAUCAGUAGCAGCUGCAGCACAACCCGAAGAAAAUGUGGCUGAACCGCCUCGGAAAAGGGCACGGAAACCGAGAAGUAAAGAGGCUCCUGCCGAUGUCGUAUCCGUCAAGGGAGCUAUUCCUGCAACAUCCGACGGAAUUUUGGGAGUUUUUCGAAGCCACUAG